CGAUAUGCCACCGAGAUUGAACAAGCGGCAGCUACGUGAACUUGAAGAAUUACAGGCUUUGGAAGUAAGACCUGAGGUCAACGCAGAGGAAGAAGACGCUCAAGACGAGGAACCAAGUCCACUUCCAAAAAAGACGACCGGAAGUUUUGCAGCGCUGAUGGCUACCGAUGAGGGCGACGAUGAAGAGAGUGAAGAAGAAGAGGUAUCGCGUGUGACCAAGUCCAAGAAGAAAAAGAAAAAGAAGAAAGCAUCUGGAGUAUCUGCCGCAGCUGAACCCUCUACCCCCGUCGCAUCCGCCAGAAACGCACCCGCGAAGCCCUCCCCCGCAGCCACGGAGGAGGGUACGUUAACAAGCAUGUCUAAGAAGGAUAAGAAGGCUCUCAAGAAGCAAAAAGCUAAGGCUGCGAAAGAGGAAGGUGAUGAGCUCGAUAGAGCACUGGCCGAGCUAUCCCUGAAGCAUCCCGAGCUCAAACAAGUUGCGCAACAUGCACCCGCUACGAAGGCCUCUGGCAAGUUCUACUCCCUCCUCGCAGUGUCGCAGUCGAACUUGGAUGCUGAGGCAGAGAUGCGCAAGUUCUUUGGCUCAAAGGUCAUUUCUGCUUCCAAAGCAUCCAGUUCCGGAUCUUCUAAUGGGCCUGCGAGACGUCAACCGACUGCUGUCCGUUCAAUCUUGACCCGACCUCAGUCAACCUGGUGGCCUACGAGUUAUCGUCAGGGUCUAUCGUCGCGUAUGCUUAGCGAAGAAGAGACUGCAGAGCGAAGCGUGCGACACCAGUGGAACGAAGAUAUCCCCGGCGAGCGGGUUUGGACGGUCGAGUACAGCCGGAAGUACCGUGGUAUGACGAAAACAUUUAUUCAGAUGGUCAUGUCUGGAGAUCCUGAAGGUCUCUUCCAUAUCUUGCGAAGCUUCCCUUACCACGCCGACACCUUGCUCCAGCUUUCGGAGGUGUACUUCCAUCGCGAAGAGCAUAGCACGGCGGCGGAUUUCAUUGACAGAGCCUUAUUUACAUAUGAACGAGCCUUCGUUGGCGCCUUCAACUUUACAAGCGGCCAAAACCGGCUCGACUUCGAUCGUGUCGAGAAUCGUCCGUUCUUUCUGGCCAUACAUAGACAAGUCUCAGACUUGCAACGUCGCGGCUGCGUCCGUACCGCCUUCGAAUUUGCGCGGCUCCUUUUCGGCCUUGACCCUGCAAUAGACCCGCACGGCUCACUGCUUCACCUCGACUUCCUCACUAUCAAGGCCGGCAUGCAUCAAUGGUUACUUGAUCUCUGGGAUACGCAAUGUCAGAUGGGCGCAGAGUGGCAGGGCCGUGCACAUGUACGGGCAUUGCCUGGAUGGGCGUAUGCCAGAGCGUUGGCGCUGUUUAUUCUGGAGGAGGAGAGGAAAGACAAUGAACACAAACGCAGUACAGAGGCACUUCUCGAGGCUGUGAAUGCUUUCCCGUCGGUGGUGCCGCUAUUGGCAGACAAGGCGGACAUCAUACUUCCUGGUGCAAUUCGAGCCCACGCUGCGUUCCGCAUUCAUACAGAUGCAAGCACGCUCUCAGACUAUUCCCAUGCGAUUCUUCAUUUACUAUCGCAUCUUUAUGCCUUGCGGUCCGCAUCGUUGUGGAAGGUCAAAUCUCGUGCGGCGUGGUUCGCUAAGACGGUAAGCAUCCUUGAAGGCAAGCUGCCGUCUAUGACCUUUGGCACUUCAUCAAAGUCUACUUCCCCUUCCCCUUCGUUAUUCCACUCCCUCUACUCCCGGCCAGCCCUCACCUACUCUGUGUAUCGGCACGUCAUCGUCCUCGAGUCUGUUACACGCGCAGGGCGCCUCUUUGGCUUCCUGCCACCUAACAUCCUCACCUCAAAACAACUUGCGUGCGACCCCGUCCCACCACCAACACGCAUCAGUGAGUAUGAUCCACCGUUCUUCGAGGGCGCCGAAGAUCCACUGGCGACGCGCCCGCGCAACCGACGCGACAAUGCACGGAUGCUUGAGCAACUCGUGCCCGACCCUGUCUUCCGACGGCAGUUAGAGGACUUCUUCAACGCGAACCCGCAGUUCGCGCAGCGCUUCCCUGGCGGUGUCGUGGAGUUUGCGCAGGUCGCGGCACAGAUGCCCGAGGAGGUGCUCGAAGACCUCAUGAUUGAGGUUGCGAAUCACGGUGGUGCGGCGUUCGAGGGCGCUCAGCACAGGAAUAUGCCCGGGCAGAUGCCUGGACUCGAAGGGCCCGAUGGCGACGACCUGCCUGAUCUGCCGCCUGUUGCUGGGCAAGCUCCUGCUGAAGAAGAAGACGAUGGGGAGGAAGAGGAGGAAGAGGAAGAGAUCGAAGCGGCGCCGUUGCCUGUACGCCUGCUUCGCAACGUCAUGAAUCGCUUCUGGGGUGGCGGCGGGAACCAGAAUGAUGAAUCCUCUGAAGACGAACUGCGGGACGAUGCUGGUGUAGACUAAGAGGUAACCUGAACGGAUAGGAGCCACAUUGAUGAUCUUAUCAUGUAUUCAUUGUACGGCGUGUUGUAAUGUGAAGAUUCCGCUUUGUCCCC